AUGGCCUUUGAGGGGAGUUCAGAGGCUGCACCGAGCAGGCAGCUGGAAGUCAGUGUGGAAAGGAAUUCAGCAGGAUCCAACAGAGUAAAUGAUUUUGGGGUCAACCAAACAGCACAUCUCUCUGGUGUCCAAGGCAGCUCCAUUGAGAUCCCCUUCUCCUUCUACUAUCCCUGGAAAUCACCAAAGGAUCUGCAGAUGAGGAUUCUCUGGAGAUGGAAGCACUUCCAUGGGGCAUUUAUCUACAAGUCCUCCUCGGGUUUCAUACAUAAGCAUUUCAAGAAUCGGCUCAUCCUGAACUGGACACAGCCUCAGACAUCCGGAGUCCUCAGAAUCCUGGACUUGAAGAAGAAGGACCAGGCAGUGUACUUCUGCCGAGUUCAUCUGAAAGCAAGAAAAGUAAAGGAGGAGUUCUUUCAGUCGAUUCCUGGUACCAACCUCAGCAUCACCCCUAGUGAGUGCAUCCUAGCCCCCAGGACCAUCUCUUCAAGCCCCACCACUGCAACUUCUGCACACACCAAAAAUACCCUCACAUCCACAGAAGGUCAGAUGAGCGGAGAAAAUCAGACCCUGAAUCCAGGAACCAGAAUUGCGUUGGCGGUUUCUGGUGCUGUACUCCUAGUUGGGGUUUUGGGAUUGAUGGUGUUCCUCAGGUGGAAGAGAAGGAAAGGCCAGAGGACUAAAGCCGAAACCCCAGCCAGGGAACUCAUUGAAAACACUGAGAAAAGUGAGCAAGUUGAGCCCGAAGGAAGAUAUAUGGACCCCAAAGAGAACCCCAAGGACAACAACAUCGUGUAUGCCUCCAUUACCCUCUCAAGCCCUACCUCCCCAGGAACACCAGCCUGCCUGCCUGUCCAUGAGAACCCCCAGGAAGAGACUGUAUACUCCAUCGUAAAGGCCAAAUGA